GGAUUAUUAUCAUACUUUUUUUUUCAUAAAAUCCGCCGAAAUUACUGGCGAUUAAGAUGAUGGAACAUACACCCAAAGCUCAUGCCGAGCUGGAAGUCACGGGAGUUUCACGAAGUGGACGCGUCUGCAAGAAAUCAUCCAAGUUGAUGGACUUUCAAUCACCAGACGACAUCUCCGAUGCCAAGCAGAAGAAAGCACAGAAAACGAAAUCAGCCAACACACCUGGAACGGGCCUGGGACAUUUGGCUGAUGCUAUCAAAUUGGAACGGGAAUCAGAACUACACUUGGGUGAUAGUGAUGUUCCUUCCGACUCGGGAGAUGAUGGCCACGAUUCCCAUAUAGAUUCAGAUGACGAUGACGAUGAUGACGACGACGCGAUGGACAUCGAAGAUAUGGAAGGAACCCAGGAAGAAGAUGACAAAAGCGAAGGUGAGCUGGUCAUAGAGAUGGCUCCGAAACGCAGUUUGUACAUGUCGGAAAAGUCUUCAAAGUACAAAAAGAUGCUGAAGGAUGGGAAGGUUGUGAUCGGCAAAACCCAGCGUAAGGAUAAAGGGAAACGGCGGUUCACGGCGUACAUGCUUUGGGCAAAGGAAAACAGAAAACAACUUAUCUCGAACCCGGACCUCGAUUUCGGUAGCAUGUCAAAACGUCUGGGCGAGAUGUGGGCUAAUGUCCCGAGCAACCAGAAGUUUAACUGGAAGCGGCGUGCUAAACGUAUUGCAAAUAAGUUCAAACAAAGUAGCGAAAAAGCUCUCUCUGCACCAUUCGUGAAGCGAUACCUGCAUCUGGGUGAAUCUUCAGCUACGCCAUGUAGCAGUCCUGCUCCCAAUGCGCCCACCGUGGCAACGGGAAAUUCUGGUCGAUCCAAAAAGACGCCUAAAGCAACGAAUAUGAUCUCAACCGAUUCGAAGCCAACGGUUGCAUCGAAUGCUCAUCAAGCUUCGGAGUCUCCGACGAAGGGAGGUGGGCAUCUGAAACUACCCGGAUAUCAACCAACGGAUGUGGCAGCUCAUCUUAAGUUACUUGGCGAUAGCUUGACGAUCAUUGGCGAGCGCUUGAAGGAACACGAGGGUCAAAUAGCAGUCUCCGGCAGCCUUUCGGUACUUUUGGACAGCUUGUUGUGCUCUCUGGGACCGCUGAUGUGCUUAACUAUCCACAUUCCGGGAUUGCAACCGGACACGAAUCAUUUGAAAGAAUUGUUUCAAAACACAUUGGACAACAUCGCUUAUGUCAUGCCAGGGUUGUAAGUGACCAGGUAUUACAUUU